AUGCGUUUCACAGGCGGCCUCGCGGCCAUAGUCAACCUUGCUCAAGCAUGGCCAACAUCAUCCGACCACACUCUUUCAUCACGCUCGGCGAGCUACAAAGAUCCCGAAACUGGCUUCACCUUCUCCGAAACCAAAGCCGCAGCUACCCUGACCAGUAACAUCAUCUACCGCAUAGCGCAGCCCGCAAACAUUUCAGCAAACCAACCUUACGACAUCGUCCUCCAAGUCAUCGCUCCCAGCUCCUUGGGCUGGGUCGGACUCGCCUGGGGUGGCAACAUGGUCCGCAAUCCACUCACUGUCUCGUAUCCCAACGGGCAAAAAGCGACCGUGUCUUCCCGCUGGGCUACCGGUCACUCAACCCCACAACAAUACCCCUCCGCAACUUACACCCAACUCUCCGCGGGCAACAAAGCAAACGGCACGCACUGGCAAGUCACUGUCAAGUGCACGGGUUGCACUACGUACAAUGGUUCUUCUGGGCCGGUGUAUGUGGAGCCGAGUGGGAGUCGGCGGUUGGCAUUUGCUUGCUCGCAGGGUAAAGUGAGUAAUCCAGGGUCGGCGAGUGCGAGUAUCCCGGUGCACGAUGUGUACAAUUAUAUCACGCAUGAUUUUAGCGCCGGGAGGAAUGAGGGGUGGGCGGCGUUGUUGGAGAGGAAUGGGGUGUAG